AGAUUACCAGGUAAAGAAUUUCUUCCUGAGAACAUACAGCCAACCUUCAAGAGUGGUUGCAAAUCCAUUAUGGUAUGGGGGUAUAUUGCACAAGAUGUGAAAGGUCUGCUGAUCAAGCUAGAAUUCCCGCCUGCAACUAUGAGUGAGAAGGGCCAAAGACGAGCACCAGCCCACACAAGCUGCCUCACAAAAUCUGCUCAGUUGAAACUGGGCAUCACACCCCUAACACAUCCUCCAUCUUCACCUGAUCUUAACCCUAUUGAGCCAUUAUGGCUGCUGCUCAAAAACCAUGUUGCUGAUACCCCAGGUGCCAGUAAUUCUCUUGAGAACCUAUGGUUAGCAGCACAGCAUGCAUGGGAAGAAAUUACAGAGGAGGAGAUUCAGGGACAUACUGGGAAGAUGUCAGAGAGAGUUACACAAGUUCAGGCAGCAAAAGGCUGGCAUACAAGAUUCUAA